AUCUCACCGACAGCAUCUUGCCAAGCACGACACUGAAUCCUCCCCCCACCCACCCUCCCAGCACGCGCACUUACCAAACAUCGAGGCAUGUACACAUCUUCGAACUAAGAUUCGAGUCCACGAAAGGCAGGGAAGAGCUGCUGUCCAACAAAAGCGCGUACAAGGGAGCAAGCUUCGUUGUGGUCACCGCAGGCGGCGAUGGGGGACAUUCGGCUGGCGGCGGUGGCGGUGGCGGCGGUGGUGGCGGUGGUCGUCGCUUGGGGGCCACUCCCUGCGAGCGCAGCCCCCCAGAGUUCCGCUCGGAGGCGUCCCAACCCUUGGGGUCAACAGAGGUCGCCCUCCGCUCUCUCCGCCCCUCCACGCGGUCGCCACGGAGGCGACGCGGGCGGCGUGGUGGCCCUCGUCGUCCCGGAUCCUGACGAGGGCGGCACCGGCUCCAGCUACGACGUCCUGCCAGGCCGCACGGGCCACUGUGCGUUUAGCGGCAUGCAGAUGUUCGACGGGGCCGUGUGGUCCCCCAAGCCGUGCGUGACGUGCGUGUGCAAGCGCGGCGCCGUCGCCUGCGACGAGGUCGACUGCCCUCGUCCGCACUGCCCGAGGACGGCGCGCACCGCCGCCACGUGCUGCCCUGUGUGCCAGAACACCGAGCCGGACCCAGAGCCGCAGCAGGGGACGGCGCAGACCGGAGAAGCAGCGGAAGCGGAGAAUCAGAAGAAGCGCGCUCGGGGAAGCAAGAAAGGCCGCAAGAAACCCGACGAUGAGGUCGGUGGCGUAAAAGAGCAGCAGCAGGAGCAGCAGCAGCAGCAGGAGCAGCAGCAGGAGCAGCAGCAGGAGCAGCAGCAGCAGCAGGAGCGAGAGAAGGAGCAGCAGCAGCAGGAGCAGCAGCAGCAGCAGGAACAGCAGCAGCAGGAGCAGCAGGAGCAGCAGCAGCAACAGGAGCGAGAGAAGGAGCAGCAGCAGCAGCAGGAGCAGCAGCAGCAGCAGGAGCGAGAGAAGGAGCAGGAGGAGAAGGCAGAGCUGGCACCUGCCCCGCCGAAUUCCGACGGCCGAUCUGAAGGCCCCGCGCCGGAAAUCCAUCGUGGAGCAUCGCCGGACGGGCCGCCGCCUCCUCCAGCCGCGGCGGCGCCGGCGAAACCGGACGCGGCGGAGCGAGCGCGCCGGCGGGAGCAGAAGCGCCGGGAGGAAGAGGAGAAGCGUCAGCGCUACCUGGAGGAGGAGCUGCGCUUGCAGGAGCAGGAGGAGGUGGCGGCGCGGGCGGCCGCGCCGGCGACUCCCGCGCCCGCCGGUCCCACCGGAGCGAGCGAGCGAGCGGGGGCGCGCGGCGACGUGCCGGACGACGUGCCGAGCGAGCGGCUACCGCCGGCGCCGCCGGUCCUGCCGCCGCCGGUGCCGCCACGGCCGGCAGCGCCACGGCCACCGGCGAGGCCGCGUCCGCGUCCGCCGGCGGUCCCCGUGCUGCCGAGGGGUUUCGUUCCGCCCGGCGAGGACCCCCCCGGGGAGGGGGCGACGUUGGCGCCGGCCGCGCCGUUUGCCCCGGAGCUGCCGAGGGGGUGCAAGUCGGAGGACACGACGCUGACGUGCAACUCGGCCAAGCUGGUGUACGUGCCGCCCGUGACCGACGCGCACCUCCUGCAGCUCUACCUCACAGGGAACGCGAUUGCGGUGAUUGAGGCCGGAACAUUCCGCGGGCUCCCACGCAUCGAGUGGAUCGACCUCAGCAGGAACCAACUCACGAGCCACGGCAUCAGAGACGGAACCUUUGAGAACGUGACGACGCUGAAGCGGCUGUUCCUCGACGGCAAUGCGCUCACGACCAUCCCAUCGCCACUGCCGCCAUCCCUCGAGGAGCUCAAAAUCAACGACAACAAACUCAAGUUCAUCGACCGCAACACCUUCGCCUCGCUGUCGAGCCUGCUCACGCUGGAGCUGGAGGGGAACGCGCUGAGCGAGAGCACGGUGGACCCGCUGGCGUUCGCGUCGCUCGCGGGCCUCCACUACCUGCGCCUCGACCGCAACAAGUUCCGCCUCAUCCCCUCGGGCCUCCCGCCGUCGCUCGAUGAGCUCUACUUGAGCGACAACCAGAUCGAGGAGAUCUCGAACGGAGUCUUCAACAAAUCAUCGUCCCUCUCCAUCCUCCACCUCCAGAACAACCGUCUACAGGAGACGCGCAUCCACCCGCGGGCUCUCAUCUCCCUCAAGAACCUGGAGUCCAUCGACUUCUCUCACAACCGAUUCGUCCACGUGCCCUCCUUCCUGCCCACCUCGCUGCGCCACCUCGUGCUCACCUACAACCUGCUGCAGCGCGUUCCCGGAUACGUGUUUGCGCACAUGAGCCCGGGACUCGAGUACCUGUACCUGUCGUUCAACCGCAUCACGAGUGACGGGAUCGACCUGGUGUCGUUCCACGGCAUGCAGACGUCCCUCCUCGAGCUCUACCUGGACCACAACCUCCUGCGCAGCGUGCCGCUGGGACUCGCCGACCUCGCGGUGCUCCGCACGCUGCUGCUCAACGACAACGACAUCCGCACGGUGCCCCCCCAGGCGUUCUGCGUCGACUCGAACCCGGACGACUCCGCGCUCGUCACGCUGCGGCUCGACCAGAACCACAUCGACCGUCGCGCCGUGCCUCGCACCGCCUUCUCCUGCGUGCGCUCGCUCGCCAGCGUGGUGCUGCGCCCGCAGAAGCCCCUGGGGCGCACGCCGCCAUCAUCGUCAUCGUCGUCGUCGAGGAGGAGGCCCGGAAGACCCCGAGCGAAGCCUGAGCCGGAUUACGAUGACUAUGAGUCGCACUCCGGGUACGAGGAUGAGGUGCGGCAGGAGGAGGAGGAAUACGAGGAGGGGGACUUCGGGAUGGACCAGGACCCGGCCGUUUGGUUCUUCAGGUUGGGGUUGGGACUCGGACUCUGGUAGUGACUGGUGGGUGGACGGGUGGACGGGUGGAGGGG